AUGAAAUACAGCAAGGAAUGCACGAACCGCUUCCAACUCCCAUACGUCGUCCGAAGAAGACGAGUUGAAAGAAGACUCGCAGCAAACGCAAGCAAAAACACCACGAGACCAGGACCAAUCGCCCUGAGUCAGCAAGACUUCCCGCCGCUCAAAAACGGCGAGAGUAGCGCCAUCAACGACAACGAUGCUCAAUUGUCCGGCGAGCGGGGGUGCUCGAGAUCGAGGAACCGCGGUCGCCCGUCGUCACGGUCCGGAAGGCGCUCCAGGAACCCGAGCCAGAGAUCCACGUCAAGGAUACGAUUCGCCCCCAGCCCACGAGUUGGCAGUGAUGACCGGUUGACGUGGGCCCAACGAGCUCAGCAGCAGCAACAGGAGCGACAAGAACAGCAGCGCCAACAGCAGGGCGCCAGCUAG